CAAGGACAUCUCUUAUGUCAGUAGUGGUGAAUUUGUCUACAGAUCAUUUGGAUGCAAAAAUUAUAAAGACCAAAGACAGAAGAGGGACUGACACUAAACCCGAGCAGCGAUGCGAUUGGUCAGCGUGGCGGGGGCGCGGCUCCGCAGGGCUGCCGAGGAGGAGGAGAAGGAGCCCCCACCGCCCCCACCCCCCUCCCACCACUCCAACCACCAGUUUGCUAGCAUGAAGAACAAGUUCUUCAAUGAGCUCACGCACCUGCCAAUGCCCAUGUGGGCCGUGGGAGCCAUCGUGGUCGUGGUCCUGGCCCUCGUCGCCUGCCUAGGAUUCUGCAUCUACAGGAAGUGCUUCAACAAGGGCAAGAAGCCCAAGAAGGUCCGCGAGCGGAAGGGAGGACGAGGGCGCAGAAAGAAGGACAAGGACGGAGAGGACGGAGAUGACAAGAAGGACGGAGAGAAUGGGGAGAAAGAGGAAGAGAAGGAGUUCUAUGGCAAACUGGAGUACUCACUGGACUACAACUUUACUGAUAACCAGCUGAUAGUGGGCAUCCUUCAGGCUCAGGACCUCCCAGCUAUGGACAUGGGCGGGACCUCAGACCCUUACGUCAAAGUCUACAUGCUGCCAGACAAGAAGAAGAAGUUUGAGACCAAAGUUCAGCGCAAGAACCUCUCUCCGGUCUUCAACGAGACCUUCACUUUCAAGAUUCCCUAUAGUGAGCUGGGUGGUCAGACUCUGGUGCUGCAGGUUUUCGACUUUGACCGUUUUGGUAAACAUGACGUCAUCGGCGAGAUCAAGAUCGCCAUGAACAGUAUAGACCUUGGACAGCCGAUACAGGAAUGGAAAGAUCUGGUUGGAGGAGAGAAAGAGGAGCAAGAGAAGCUGGGUGAUAUCUGCAUUUCCCUUCGUUACGUCCCCACGGCCGGUAAGCUAACAGUGAACAUCAUGGAGGCCAAGAACCUGAAGAAGAUGGACGUCGGAGGACUGUCAGAUCCCUUUGUUAAAGUGGUGCUGCAGUACAACGGCAAGCGACUGAAGAAGAAGAAGACGUCAGUCAAGCAAAACACUCUGAAUCCUUACUUCAAUGAGAGCUUCAGCUUCGAGAUCCCCUUCUCCCAGAUCCAGAAAAUCCAGGUGCUGAUCACUGUGUACGACUACGACAAGCUAGGCAGCAACGACCCCAUCGGCAAGUGCUGGAUUGGCUAUGGCGCCUCAGGUGUUGGGCUGCGCCACUGGUCAGACAUGCUGGCCAAUCCCAGGCGUCCUGUGGCCCAGUGGCACACGCUGCUGCCUGAGGAGGAGGUGGAUGCUGCUCUGAAGGCCCCUAUUCGUUAAACUCACUCUCACAGACACACAUGUAUACAGCAUCAUCUGCACAGUUGGGGGUUGUCUUUCUUUUGAAACCAAACAAUCGUAGGUUUUAUAGAAUGACCUGUAACUUGAAUAGUAUGUUUAACGCCAGCAUUCAUUUUGUAAUGUUAUAUUUUGGGAUCUCUUUGUAUGACUACAUGUGUGCUUUAUAUUGUAUUGAAUACACCCUAUAGAAAUGCAUACAAAUAAGUAAUGUGCACUUUCAACACACUCACAUUCAUACAAACACAAGACAGCUGAAUGCAUAUGUUUGUGCACUGGCUCAUGUAUACUCGAACUGCACAUUUACAUGAAUGACCAGUUAAAUGACUCACAAUUAAAGGGGUACACCAGCAAUUUCAUAAAGUUGACAGACUCACAAGAGUCAAAUAAAAACAAAUAAAAAAAGAAUUGUUCAAAUCAGUGCAGCAGAUAUAUAGUCCCAAAAAUCCUGGAUCCUGCACGUCCCAUAAUGCAGCUUGAUAGUCUUUGAAAGCCUUUCUGUAAGCCCUACCUGCCAGGUGGUGAACAUAUUCAUCAAACUCAAUGCCCCCAGUUCACAAACACAGUCUCAAGAACAUUUAUGGGAUAAGCCUGAUGACACUAGCAGUCAUUUUCUAUUUUAAUUAGUGUGCUCACCAUGAAAAAUAUCACCUUUCUGGACUGUAGGGCCUCCAUAGAGUAGUACCCCCUGGGAUGAGUAACCUUAACUUCAUGUGUAAAAUUGGUGGCGUAUCUCUUUGCUGUUUAUUUUCUUGACCACCUAAACUUUACUGAGCUGGACCUCCUUCCUCCUGUCAAGGCUAAACAGAUAUUUUUUUAGCAUCACUUUACUGUAGUGUGUUAAAUUACUUUUAAUACUGUGGUAUGAUUAGAGCAAGUGAGAAUCAGUAGCUGCUGUUUCACUCUAUUGGUUUGUUAGUACGUCUCCAAAGCUAAAACUGUUAUGUCCCUUCCUUUCUUAAUGGUUUUGCAUUCAUUCAUGUGGGAGAUUCUCGACAAACAGCUAUGACCUGCAAGGCGAGGGUCACAUGACCAACAGCUUAGUCAAGCUGGCACAAGCGCACAUGAGCUAAACUGCUAGCAUGUUUGGUGCCCUGUUAACUAGCCUGCUAUUAGCAGUGCAAGCUUUUAUUGGGAUGUAAAGAAAAAGUAUUAAGUUUAUUAUCUAAUAAUUACUGUUAUUUCUCUCGACAUUGUGAACAGAGCUGAUGGAGGCAACAGACGCACACAUUAAAGAAGUUGAGGGAAAAUAGAACUGUUAUAUAGAAAAUGAAAAGCAACUUAUUUUGAAACAUGAAGUUUGCAUCAAAACUACUCAACAAAAUAAUUUGGCAGGUUGAUGAACAGCUUCACUGCAUUUUUCUCUUUGCUGUUGUUGAUUUUGCACGGAUCAUUGCAUUGUGCACUUCUUCACCGAUGAGUCCUGCAGUACAAGUAGAGCCGCUAAACGUGUCGGUAUGCUAGCUUUCGUCUUUCCUUAGUCACGUGACCAUCGCCUUCCCACUUUAACUCCUUCCAACAUUUGUAAUUGUCAGUAAUGCUGGAAGUUUUAUCUCAGUUUGCACUUGGACGACAGUUGUCCUCUUUUGUUCCAUGAAGCAGACCAGCAGGUAUCCUGGCAACUUAAUGUACCAGUGUCUGAGAAGUAAUGCUUUAUAGAUAUAACUCAUAGAUAGGGUGGUGUUAGAAUUUCCAUGAGCAAAUUCUCUUUGUUUGAGUAAUACUGAUCUGCUGCUGCAGAGCUGAGGUGUGAAUAUUCUUCUGCAUUUUCCUUCUUCCUCAUGUUUUCCUCUUGUUUACUCUGAAAACCCUCUCGUCUUCCAAACAGUCUAAGCCUGAUUUUUUCCCAUGAAGUUUGUAUCAUUUAGUUACAUGUUUUUACUAAUUGUUGUUCUGUCUCUUUGUGGCUCCUUCUGUGCUUGUGUUUGAAUGAAAAGAAAUGCUCGGAGUGAGUGUGCAUAUUGAUGUGUGUGUGUGUGUGUGUGUGUGUGUGUGUGUAUUGUAUAUCAUAAAAAAAAUGAAAGUCUGUUUGUGGUUUCACUUUCGAUGCAUACUAUGUGACUGCAAAUAAAUAGCUGAAUAAAUAAAAUGUUUCCUAACAACGACAGAUGGCUCGGCGGACAGCUGGAUUUGCAUGUGCACAUAAAACCCUCAUGUGCGAAAGUGAUAUCCUUUCAUUUGCACACAAGCAGGAAGUCACAAACAGUCGCACCAGUAGAAUCAGGUAAAUGCAUCUUUAGGGUUAAA